AUCACUUCGUCAGCGGUACUAUGGUUGAGCUGUCUGAUCUUCAUAAGAUUCUAGAUCAGAUCGCAGACUCGAACGCUCCGGACUCCUCUGUGUCAUGUCUACAAACCGACUUCGUAAGAAUCAUCAAGACUUAUGGCGACAAGGUGUUUGAACAGGUUGAUCCUCAUGUGGUCUUUGAAAAGUUGGCCACCCAGCUCACUUCUCAAGUACCCAAAAUCAGAGCCAACACUUUUCGAUGUUUUACGCUUAGCCUGCCCAAUAUCACUCACGAACAUGUUCAAAAAUUGAAUAUUGACCUAUUUCUCGUUCGGGCGAUUGAUACUGGAGGUGGAAAAGAUGGAAAUGAGGCUUUGGAGGGGGUCGAAGCUCUGAAGUUUAUCUACAACCUUGCUAAGUAUGGGAAACUUCCUAAAGCUAUCUUAUUUUGUUUAUUGUCACUGGUUAGGACGACUACCAAUGAAAACUACAAAAAGUGUGCUACUGCUAUUUUAUCAUGUUAUGCAUUAUCUCAACCAAGCUCCUUCAUAGAAAGUGGAGGUAUUAAAUGUCUCUUGGAAGCCAUUGCUAUGGGAGGGGAGUAUCAGGAAACUGAAGUCCUCUGUCAAGUCUUCAUGUAUCUGUUUAACAAUGUCACCACUAGAAACUUCGUUCAUUUGCGAAAUGAUGUUGGUUUCCUUGUUGCAUCUCUGUCUGACCCCUAUUUCAUCUUGUUCGAGAAGAAGAUGGAGAAUAAGAAGGAAUGUGAUUACGUUGAAGAACGUGAAAUAUGGCUAAAUGGUUGUAAAAAUGCAAUUCUUUCGCUUUGUCGUACUUGGCCCGGUUUGUACACAAUACAGGUGGUCUUUAAGGAGAUGAUGAGCGCACUUACCCGACCAUUUCCUAAAAUCCAGAGGACUGUAGUCAACUGUAUCUACGACAUGCUCAACCUCAAACUACCCUCUAACUUGGAAUCAUUUGAGAAAGCACUCAGUUCCAUCAUCGAUUGGCAACAAAACCCAGAUUGGGUAAUCACAGAAGACUGGGUUGUUGGAGAAGCUGAGGAGAUCUUACCUCCUCACCACAUUGAACGACCAAAUCUAGUCGAGAUAUAUCAUGCCACACUCUUAGCUCUGUUUCUUUCUGUAGAUCCCAAACUUGACUCUGUUACCCAUGUUGCUAUCAAUGGAGAAAAAGAAGAGGCAAUUCUUGCUGCGAUUUUGGUCGGGGAGCUGCUUCACCUGAUCAACAAGUUUGAUCUUAUUUCAGAGCAACACAUAGCCCACAUCCAACCACUGCUAGUUGAAGCAGUUGCUGUUCACAAAGGGUUUGGAGUUGAGAGUUCUCAAUGCAUAACAAAGCUUCUAAAUCAUAGACAACGCCAAGCUCAGGGUCCAUUCACAUUAUUGAGCUAUCAACUUACAUUGAUAAGAGAGAGGGUUUUGAAGUUCAAGAAAGGUUACUACCCUAGCUAUCAGUUCAGACAUCAAGAACGAGAUGAGCACGAGGAGAGACAACACAUCCGGUUUAUUGAAAACACUAAAGUCUUUGCAGAGGAAGAUCCUUUUCAAUGGGACUGGAAAAUAAUUGCUUCUGUGUUGGAGUUAGGAUUCUUCCGAACUCAACAGAUCGAUGAAACUUGUCAAAGAUUUCUAAAGAAAGUAAUGGAGCCUUUUUCCAGCCGGUAUAUCCUGACAAUGGUGCAUUACUACGAUGACACUACUGGUCUUGGUAAUAGUUCCAUCUAUACAGGAGUUGGAGUUACUCUGAUGAACUUGCUUUUAGAGAUUGGUUGUUCAGGGAUCGAGGAAUUGAAGAAUUUAAUUCCAGAAUUUUUGAGUAAUAUGACUGUUGAACUGAAAAAAUCCAAAGUAGGAUCUGGCAUAUUUUCUGCAUCUAGCCUUCGUUCAUCUUUAGUAAGUGAUUAUUUCUUUAUGAUAGGUACACUAUACUCUGAUGUGGAAGGAAAUAAAUAUCUAAAGAACUCGAAUAUCUUCGAAACGUACAUUGAGUUGUUUGAAAAGUCACCUGACAAGGACACAAUAAUGAAGUGUGUUCUGGUCAGUUUGCUGUACGGUAAAGAGAACAUUACUGAUGCUAUCUUUAGCACAAUUCUCCACCGUGGAUCUGUGACUAUCCGCGUAUUUGCUAUCAAAUUCCUCAGGACUCUUAUCAGAACCGGUUAUCAGAACUUUGAAAAGUUCAUCCUACCUAUGCUUGUAAGUCAGCUGUAUGCUUACAACACCUCAGAUGCCGAGGAGAUUGUUGAAGAAGCACUAACUGUUCUAACAGAAGCUUGUCAGGAUCAAGAGUGUUUGGAGCAUUUGUUCAACAUGUUUCCUGCAUUGAUACAUCUCGGCGACAAAGGAUAUGAGCUAGUCCUGAGGUUCCUUUCCAUUCCUAGGGGCUUUCAACAGUUGUCUGAGCUGGGUUUUGUUGACACUGAAAUGGAAAAGUGGAAACGUUAUAAAUGUUUAGAGUAUGUGAGGAAAGUGGAGACGACAUUGCUUGAAGCUCUUACAGGAUUCAAACGUGGUGACCCUACUUUCCGGUCUAACGAAUUAAAGUUUCCGGAGUACUGUUACACUCCAGUUCAUUUAUACGGAGAGCUGUCUCAGUUUGAUACUGGAAUAAAGAGGCUCCAAGAUGAAGGUGUCUUUACUGAGCUUGAUAAAAUGUUGAAGAGCUCGGAUAUUUUAGAUAUUAAAGCAGCUGCCUGGGCGAUUGGUCAUAUUGGUGCAUCAUGUUAUGGUUUUGCUAAAAUUUCACAAUUUGAAUUUGUCGGUAAAAUCUUCAACUUGUCUGAUUCGCACGACAAUCUUAGUGUUAGGGGGACAUGUGUCUAUGUAUUAAACUUGAUAUGUAAAACUGAGAGCGGGUGUGCAGCUAUCGAACAGUUUAAAUUCACUGCCAGUAGAAGGGAUUUUGUUCAUCACUUCAGCAUUUGUCAGCCAAAUAACAAGAAAAUGAACAGCGCAUUCUCACCUGCAGGUCCUGGUCUGCCAGAGAUUGUUGGAAAUCGUCAGAGGAGUUCCACAUUGCAGCCACCUAGACACAAGACACACUCAAAGAACCGAAGUUUAGGGGAAACACAGCUCAACUUUCUUAUCCAAUCUGCUGGUAACCCUCACGCAUUUGACAGUAAAGAAACCCAACCUGGCGAAAAGAUUGGUCUCUGUAUCUCUAAUGAUAUCCAGAAAUUCUUCACUAUAGAGGUCGACUUCAGACGACCUGCUUUCCCUGAACUCAGCGUAGAGAAGCCUGAGGACAAAGACGUGACUCAGCUGCUGAACCUCAUUACAUGUCUCUCAUCAACUCUGCGGGCAAGUGCCUACAGUGCUGAACUUGAAGACCUGGCUAAAACUAAGAAACAGCUAUUUUCAGAUUUUAGAAACUAUAUAACUGUCCACGAGCUGAUGUCUAGAUACAAGUAUAGGCAGGGUGCUCGGAGGUUCAUACAUAAACUAUUCGAUACUGCUGUUAAAUCAUCAUCAGCAGGCUUCAUGAUCAAGUCACCCUCCUUAACUUCCAUCGGCAGCACAACAAGUGCAGCAUUGUCCUAGCAUCCUCUCAAUUAACACUUUAAAUGCUUUUUUGAUUUUAUUUUUGAUUGAUGUUUGACUUAAUGGGAUAAUAUUUCAACUGUUUUAUAAGUUUUUACAUCAAACUCUUAUUUUAGGUGUGUGGUUAUUUGAAGCAGGUUUAUUAACUUUAUAGUGGAUCUUUCGAUACAUUUAUGGUAGAAGGAAGCGUACGUCAACUGCAGUGACUGCGGCAACUGUAGACCAUAUUUUAAGGAUCUUAAUGGUUUCAAAAAUGACUAAUUCUAAUUAAUGAAACAGUAAGUUAUGCCCAGCCGCCCCGCCCCGUAUAGUACUUCAGUUUUAUUAUUGAUUUUAUUUGAUUUGAUUUACUUCUUUGUGUGAAUGAUAUAUUUUGUUUUAUUAUGCUUUGUUAAAUUUGUGUACCGAUUCCUACA